AUGGACUUUGAUCUUGUGGUCAAGAACGGCAUCAUCGUCAGUGACAUCAAAAUUGCUCGAAGUAAAUAUAUGCUCAUCAGAAGCAGGUCACAGCAAGUGAAGUUCUCUCCGAGGGAUUGGAACUCGGCAUCAAAAAUGGCAAGAUCUCUUGCAUUGGAACCUCGCUGCCAAUCUCCAGGACAACUAAAGUAAUAGACGCAGAGGGAGCGUACAUAACACCGGGCGGAGUAGACAGCCACGUGCAUCUCGCACAGAAGAACUCUCCCACCGGCGACACAUGGGAGACGGGGACUCGGAGUGCCAUUGCGGGAGGCACCACCACCGUCAUUGCAUUCGCAUCGCAGCAACGAGCCGAUACCUCCUUAUAUCCCGUCCUGAAAGACUACCACCAGAAAUCUACCGAUCAGUGCUACUGCGACUAUGGCUUCCACUUCAUCCUCACCAAUCCGACGCCGGAGAUCCUUCGCGACGAGCUGCCGGUGCUGGCGCAGGAAGAGGGCAUCACGAGCGUGAAGCUGUACAUGACCUAUGAGCUCAUGAAGCUCAAUGACCGCGAAGUCCUCGGGAUCAUGUUUGCAUGCCGAAGUCUUGGGAUGACGACCAUGAUCCACGCCGAGUCGCACGAUAUGAUCAGCAUGAUCAUUGAAGGCCUGGAGAGGAACCGGAACACAGACCCGUACUUCCACGCCGUCGCACGGCCACGAAUAGCGGAAGACGAAGCAUCCUAUCGGGCCAUCUCUCUCGCAGAGCUCUCGGAUGCCCCGAUCCUCAUCGUGCACAUGUCGUCAGACGUUGCCGUGAGCCAUGUGCGCGAUGCCCAGACACGGCUGCUUCCCAUCCACGCAGAGACCUGUCCGCACUAUCUCUUCUUGCUCUCCGAGAAAAUCAAGGGAGAACCUCAUGAUCACUUCUCUGGAGCGAAGCAUGUCUGCUCGCCGCCCCUUCGUCACGAACCGAAAGACCUUGAGGCUCUUUGGCAAUCCAUCGCCAACGGCACCUUCACCACAUACUCCUCCGACCACGCUCCCAGCAAAUACGACCACCCAGGUGGCAAGAGGUUAGGGCUGGUGGAUGGCAUCCCCAAGUUCUCCAAGAUUCCAAAUGGUGUCCCCGGCCUGGAAACCAGAGUGCCGCUCCUCUUUAGCCAGACCCCAGCGUGUAAGGCACCAGGCGAAGAAAAGCUAAGCCUGCCUCGCUUUGUGCAGCUCACGGCCACCAAUGCCGCCAAGCUGUAUGGUCUUGAUGGUCGUAAGGGAAGCAUAGCCCCAGGUUACGACGCAGAUCUGAUCAUCUGGCACCCUGGCAAUAAGGGUGCAACAAGUAUUACCCAGGCCGACAUGCACCAUGACAUAGACUACACGCCGUUCGAGGGCAUCGAAGUGGGCAAUUGGCCGAGAUAUACUCUCCUCCGAGGCGAGGUGGUCUGGGAUCGGUCGAAGGGGAUUGUUGGUGGAAUGGGGUAUGGCAAGUUCUUGAAGCGAGGGCAGGGCCAAAUUCUUACUGGUAAGAUUGGUAAUACGCCGCGUGGAAUGAAGCCAGGAGAGCGCGAGUAUUGGCUAUGA